CACAAAUGAUUGUUGACAAAACGAGCUAGCUUGUGCUAGGUGACAUGAUAUUUCACUGACGUUUUACUAAAUCUUUCGCACAUAAUGAGUUCUCCAGAGGACAGGCAUGGAACAAAGCGACCAGCAUCUCCAAGUGACCAGGAUGGGUCCACACAGUGGGCAUCAGCUGAUCUCGGAAGCAAUGAAAGGAAGCAGAAGUUUUUACGUUUGAUGGGCGCUGGCAAGAAAGAACACACUGGACGCCUCGUCAUUGGUGACCACAAGUCGACAUCCCACUUCCGCAGUGGGCAGGAAGAUAAAAAGAUCAACGAGCAGCUAGAGAUGCAGUACCAGCAGGGCAUGGAUGGGAAGCUAUCCGGACGUAACCGCAGACACUGUGGCCUGGGUUUCAGUGAGCCAGAUGAGUUUCCCUCCCCACCAGUGGACAGUCAUACAGAAGCAACUGAGCCACAGAAGUCCACAAGUGAAAAAGAACCCACAGACGCCCGGGACGAGGGCUGUCAUCCUAACCCAAAGGAACAGACCUCAGACCAGGCCAAGCCCAGCUCAGACAGUAGGAGUGACGAACGGAAACACAGCUACAAAAUGGCCUUUGUGAAGUCGGCGUAGGUGUGCAGAGAGGCAUUAGUUUUUGUAAUCUCAAAUUUGUACAAUUUGAUGUUAUUUGUUUAACUGUUGGCAACCGGCCAUCGUUUUAUUCCUUUUUACUGUGUAGGAAUGGCUUGUCUACACAAGCACUCCUCACUGGGUGACAUCCCGGCGUGCAUGUUAAAGACAGAAGCCUGCAGGCUUUAGUGGUGUUAUAUGUUAAGAUGGCAAAUGGUUCGGUUUCUGUUUUGUUUGGACAUAACGGUCACUCCAUUUGCAGCCAGUCGUGUUGAAUGAAACGGGAUUGCUUGUAAUUCAGCAUGAUUGGUUUAUACAUUGUACAUUUUGUGAUUUCCUCUUUGAAAACCAAUAAAAAGAAGUGUCGGUUGCAAUGUUUGCUUGUUCUCAACUAGAACUCCAGUUGUCCCCUUUUAUGUAAGACUGCUUUAACAUUCUCCAUUAUGAAUGUUUGUGGAUGCAUAAAAGUAAACUCACUGUUUUGUGCAGGAAAGCUCUCUGACCAGGAAGUAAAUAGUAAAUAUGUGCAAGGCAGUGAAUCUAAU